UUUGCUAUACGCCCGUUUUCCAUAGUGCGCGGGGCCCUUUGAACAACAGGGAAUUUCGAACUUUUUUUCUUAAACUUAAGUCCUAACUUUGUCUUCGAAUUUUGUCCGUAUUUUGAAUAUUCAGAUUUCGACUCGCUUAAAAUUUGGAGUUACAAUUUUGUCACACUGUGUUGUAUACCUAUGCGUUAAUUUGAAUGUGAAAAGAUUUUAAAGAUUAAUCAUUAGUAAUGAACGAUUUUCGACGAGGCAAAAUAUGAAGAACAUUCGCGGAGUCAUGUGACGUGGCCAGUGACCACAGAUAAAAAAUGAUUGUGCUGAUUUAUAUUGACAUACUGCAAAUUAAACAUACCUAAUAUUUGUGAGUUCAAAAGACUGUAGAUUUUAAAAUGGACAAAUAUAAGUUAUUUUAUAAAAGUUUAUCAACAUAGUGCUGACGCGAAAUGGCGAGGCGAAAACAUUUUAUUUGGAGGAAGCAACCUUUCUGGUUGGUUGUUGUGAUGCAGCUCGCAAUUUUUACAACUGCAACCAACGUAACCACAGAUUCAUCACAGGUGUCAGAAAAUUAUUCAGCAGCGCUCUACGCGUGGAGUGCGUGGGGUAGCUGGAGUCCCUGUUCCAGGACGUGUGGUGGCGGUGUGUCGGUGCAAGAAAGGCAGUGUUUACCCAGAUCUCGUAACCUGGCAUUAGUUCCCAACACCACUUUAGAGACCCCAACGAUCAGGGUUCGUGUGACCAGAGAGACGUCGCAAGACUGCCUAGGAAUAUCCAAAAGAUAUCACGAGUGUAAUACGGCUCCCUGUGUGACCGGAGAAAAGGACAUGCGGGCAGAGCAGUGCUCGUCCUAUGAUCGAAGACCGUUCCGGGGAAGAUUCUAUACAUGGGUACCUUAUGUAGAUGGCGACUCACCAUGCUUGUUAAACUGUAGACCCCUGGGUCAGCAGUUCUACGCUUCGCUGUCGUUAGUGGCGGAUGGGUCUCCGUGCACCAAGCCGGGUUAUCGAGCCAUCUGCGUGCAAGGGAGCUGUAAGGUGGUGGGCCGCGACGUGCUGGCAGGGGCCGCGGGUCGCGAGCGCGAGGUGCGCUGCGGCAGACGGCUGGUCUCCGGCCUGUUCGCACGCCCGCGCCUGCCCCUCGGCUACUCCUACGUCACAACGGUACCCACGGGCGCCUGUCGGCUCAACGUGUCGGAAAUCGUGUCGAGCGAUAAUUAUAUCGCAUUGAAGAUAUCCAAUGGGUCGUACAUAAUGAAUGGCGAGUUCGCAGUCAGCUCCCCAGGUACAUAUGAAGCUGCUGGUACAAGGUUCAUAUACACGAGAAAUAUUGGACUUGACUCAGUCUUCGCUUUGGGACCAAUACAAUAUCCUAUAGAUAUUAUGGUUCUAUAUACGCAACCAAAUCCAAGCAUAAAAUACGAGUAUUUCACUGAAUCAAUACCAGGUCAAGUUGAUGUGGAAUCUAUUACUUACCCAAAUUUACAAGAACCUACAGUUCUUCCUAAACAUACCAGACGACAUCAUGGAUUCGAUGCAUACCCUAGGUCUGGUAUCAGACAUCAAGACUCAGCAGGUUUGGGAAAGGAAUCUUCAAUUGAAAACAGUUUUGAAGAAAACAUUGUUGGUGAAAGGAAAUUUAUAUGGAAGAUAUUAUCCUACACUCAGUGUUCUAGAAGUUGUGGUGGCGGUAUUCAAGUAGGUAAAUAUCGAUGUGUGGAAGCGAAUUCUAUCGGAGAUCGAGAAGUAUCAUCGGUGCAUUGCUCAGGAUCGCCACCUGCAGGAAAGAGGCGUCGGUGUGGCCAAGGUCCUUGUGCACCGAGGUGGCGGGCAGCUGCCUGGUCUCCAUGUCCUCAGUGCGGCCCUGCUACCAGAACUAGGAUCGUUGGCUGUGUGCAAGAUCAUUCUAGAGGUAUUACAAAGGUCAGCGAUCAGAAAUGUCCAGCGCCGAAACCAUCUACCACAGAAACAUGUAACAUACCAGAUUGUGGUCUUACUCCAGGAAUUAGACAGAUCGAACGCAGUAAACCACGAGUCCAGACUGACACUUUUAGAGAGGGGCCGGUUUAUACUAUAACUGUGAACUCAUCAGAUACUGAGUUAGGACCGGAAUACAGUUUUAACACUGGAGUUGGAGGUUGGCUUCAAACUGAUUGGUCUGAGUGUGUAGGCUGGUGUGUAGGAGGAGGUCUACAGACCAGAGCAGUUCGUUGUGCUGAUCCUUCUGGGUGUCCUCGAAAUUCUCCCGAACAAUUUCGUACUUGCUCUCCUAGAUUGAUAUGUGACCCGCAUGACGGACAUUGGUUUACAGGCGACUGGUCACCAUGCACAUCUUCAUGCGGAGGAAAACAAGUUCGUGGAGUUUUGUGUAUUGGGGGCACAGGAAGACAUCUUCGCGACUCAGCCUGCAAGGAACCAAAACCUGAACAUGAGAGGAACUGCGGUGGUGAAUGCCCUCCCAUUUGGUAUACCAGUGAAUGGGGUCAGUGUACAGGCAAUUGCACCCUUGGAGUCGGUGUCCAGCGAAGGACAGUGGUGUGCGCGCGCGGCGACAACGCAGCUGCGAGUGACAUUGAGUGUCCUUCGCCACGACCGCACGCGCAUCGUCCUUGCGAGCCCAAGUGUGCUGAGGCAACAUUGCCACCACAGCUGGCGAUAGAGUCUCAAAAGGCUGCUACUGAAAUCCCAACAACUCCAAGAAGUAUUAUUACUACGAUUAUUACUACGAUUAGCCUAGAAAAAGACUGUGAAGACAAAUUGCCGAACUGUGCUCUCGCUGUUCAAGCGAGACUUUGCCAUUAUAAAUAUUACAUACAAAACUGUUGUGAUUCAUGCAACGUACUCGUACCAUAAGGGAUCAG